UGCACGUCUUGGGCGUCCACGUUGGGGAACGAGUUUUCUGUAUUUGCAGGAAAAGAUGGCAGCGUCCGUGUGCCGAGUCGGUAGCACUGUGGGUCGAGCCCUCGCCAAAGCCCGUAGCGUAAGUAUUCAGGAACAUCUUGGUAUUUGAGGGGUCUGUAAGGAUGUUAGAAUAAUGACGUUGUUGGUUGGGAUCUGCAUUUUCUUCACGUCGGCAACUUUUAUUGAAAAGUAGGCAUCUGUAGCUAGCGCUAACCAGCUUACUUGUAUGUAGCUAACAUUGGUAACGUUAUGUAACCAGAGCACUGAUGGCUAGCCGGUUAGCAUUAGCUUGGAGUUAGCGCAAGGUCAACUCACUGUCAGCAAAGGCGCAAUGUCUCACUGUAGAAACCGUAAUAUGAGUGGGAAUGUUGACAUCCAUGUUUAACACUUUAGUCAACCUAUACCUGCGUUGCUUUAUUCGCUUUUAAAAACUAACAAGGUCAUUUUGACCAUCCUUCCGCGUUGUCCUUAAUAUUUGCCCUAAUGUUAACCAGUUAGCUAACCAGCUACCUAACGUUACCUCUGUCUUGUCCAACUGGAUGCUGUCUGACAGUAGUUGACCAGUUGCGUUGCUAACUCUGGUAAUGAAGUUCCACUGACUUUAGCUAGUAUGUUAAAUUUAACUCGCUACAUAGCUAGUCAUUAAUUAUGUGACCUCAGUUUCCUUUGACUUCAAACUGUGGUGUCGGGCUGCUUGGCUAGCUAGUUAGUGGGUGAAGUGUUGUUGGUGGACCCUCAGUAAAGAUACAAAUAUCCCCUCCUUACCUCCAACUUAUUAGUAGCUCAGUUGGUAGAGCAUGGCGCUUGCAACGCCAGGGUUGUGGGUUCGUUUCCCACGGGGGGCCAGUAUGAAAAUGUAUGCACUCACUAACUGUAAGUCGCUCUGGAUAAGAGCGUCUGCUAAAUGACUAAAAUGUUGAGAAAUCUCUUGUCAGAGCCAUACAGUGUUGUAGGCUAACUAUCCUCUUCCUCUCUCCAGCCCAUCCUGCUGUCUCUGCGGCGUGGCCAGGCUACGGUGACCUACGCCCAGAGCCUUCUGGGAGCUCCUGAGACCCGCCUCACUGCCCUGGACAAUGGCCUGAGGAUCGCAUCGGAGGAGACCGGACACAGCACAUGCACUGUAAGGACCUGCUGUCAUUGAUCAUACAAUCCAAGUACUCAUCUUGAUGGAUUUGGGUAACAUUGCCUAGUAAAGGCAUUUACUUAGUCACAUUUCAGAUGAACCUGACUAUUUGUUGGCGCGGCAUAGUAUCUAGCUAAGUUCCACCUCUGUCUCUCAGGUUGGGCUGUGGAUCGGCUGUGGAAGUCGCUAUGAGACUGAGAAGAACAAUGGAGCUGGGUUCUUCCUGGAGCACAUGGCUUUCAAGGUACACAACAGCCCUGACAUCUGGGCAAUCUACCUUCAGUCUCACAAGGGGCUAAACGCUUACUUUACUACUGCACCAGACUGGCCCAAAACGGUUUCUCUUACACCCCCCCCCGUCCCCCCCCCCCCGUCCCUUUCCCCUUGUUUCUUUUCCCCAGGGGACAAAGAAGCACACCCAGAUGGCCCUGGAGCAGCAGGUAGAGUCCAUGGGCGCUCACCUAAGUGCGUACACUUCCCGAGAGCACACUGCCUACUACAUGAAGACCCUGGCCAAAGACCUGCCCAAAGGUGAGCCAUACUACCCAGCAUAGCAGACACUUCAAUGAGGCAGGGUUAAGGCAUGGAGACUGUUUAUAGUGUGUAUAUGGGUUCUUAUAAGCCCUUCUAGUUCCACAGAGGUUGGGUGAGUGUGUUUGUGUGUCUAGUUGUAAAGCUCCUGUUUCCUUUUGGUAAAUUAGUUUCCCAUGCCUGUGUUGAACUUCAAUUCCCAUGGUCUCCAGUAGUCCUUGUCGAUUGCUAUGUAUACUGAAGUGCUCCUCUCUCCAGCGGUGGAGCUGUUGUCAGAGGUAGUGCAGAGCAAUGCCCUGAGCGAGGCUGACAUUGAGCAGCAGAGGAGUGUCGUGCUGAGAGAGCUGGAGGAGGUGGAGGGCAGUCUGCAGGACGUGUGUCUGGACCUGCUGCACGCCACAGCUUUCCAGGGUACCCCCCUGGGACACAGUGUGCUGGGACCGUCCCAAAACGCCAGGUACACACACAGAGAGCCUACCAGGGAAUCCUAUUGUGUCAGAGCAUGCUAGGGCCAAACCAAAACACCAGGGAAACUCACACAUACACAUGUUAUAGAAUCCUGUUACAUUUCACAGCACUCCUAGUUAGUUGAGCAGUAAAGGUCUGUCUCUUCCCUUCAGGACUUUGAGUCGACAGGAUCUGGUAGAUUUCAUCAGGAGCCACUACAAGGCCCCCCGCAUGGUGCUGGCAGCUGCUGGAGGUAUGUCUCCCAUACAUCAACACUGCCAUGUUAAGGCUGUAUAUAGAGGUAUUACAUGCCAAUACCAACCGGCCCUGAUUGUUUAUUUUAUUUUAUUUGAGUGUAAUGGUUGUCUGUGUUUGUAAUGGCUCACUGCCUGUCUCCUGUGUAGGUGUGACUCAUGAGGAGCUGGUUGGGUUGGCCAAACAGCACUUUAGCGGAGUUUCCUUUGAGUACGAGGAUGAUGCCGUGCCUGUUCUGUCCCCCUGCCGCUUCUCUGGCAGCGAGGUGAGGAGCGCUCGUGUCUCAAUGUGUGUGUCCGAAUUGACAGAUGUCUGAACAAGGGCACAGGUAUCCCAUCAGAGCUUUUCUUAUUUUUUCGAUUUGGAAUGUUAAUAUGUUGUCUCCUCUCUCCCUCUGUAGAUCCGCAUGCGUGAUGAUGAUAUGCCCCUUGCACACAUUGCUAUCGCAGUGGAGGGUGCCAGUGCCGCCAGCCGAGACAUCGUGCCUCUCAUGGUGGCCAACUCCAUCAUUGGAAGCUAUGACAUCACUUUCGGUGGUGGAAAGCACCUGAGCAGCCGCCUUGCUCGUCUGGCCUCAGAGGAGAGUCUGUGCCACAGCUUCCAGGCCUUCCACUCCUCCUACAGCGACACUGGUCUGCUGGGCAUCUACUUUGUCACCGACAAACACCACAUCGAUGACAUGAUGCACUGGUCACAGAACGCUUGGUUAGUCGUGAUUUCCAAUAGAUACACUUAAACACUACACAUGGAUACACUCCUGGUCCAACAACUUAUCCUCAGUCUGUGUAAUUUUUACAUAUUUAAUUUGAUGGUAUUGACACUCCCUUGUUUUCUUUCUCUCUACCUGAAGGAUGAACUUGUGCACCACAGUGACAGAGAGUGAUGUUGCCAGAGCCAAGAACGCCCUCAAGGCCAGCCUGGUGGGACAGCUCGAUGGUAAGAGCUCUACCUCCUCACAGAAAUACCUCUCCCUGUUCAACACUAACACUGCCGUACUGCUCUCGUGUAGGAACGACGCCGAUAUGUGAUGACAUCGGCAGGCACGUCCUGAACUAUGGCCGCCGUAUCCCUCUGGCCGAGUGGGACGGCCGCAUCGAUGUGAGUACAACCCCCUUCCAUGCACCACAUAUACAGCUGUUACACCUCCCCUACCACCUAGAGCAGUGGUUGCACGUACUGCCAAAUUCUCUAAAACGACGUUGGUAGAGAAAUGAACAUUAAAUUCACUUGCAACAGCUCUGGUGGAAAUUCCUGCAGUCAGCAUGCCAAUUGUACGCUCCCUCAACUUGAGACAUCUGUGGCAUUGUGUUGUGUGACAAAACUGCACAUUUUGCGUUCAUAUUUUUGUUCAAUAUAUAUAUUUUUGCCGACCCCACUGCAGUUCCCCCAUAUCCCGACUUUGAAUACCAUUGAUCUAGAGGGUGCUCUUUCUGUGCCUCUCUGAUCUCACUCUUUCUCCCCCCACCCCCUACUGCAUUCACCCCACAUUUUUCUCACCACCUCUCUCUCCCCCCGUCUCCCCCUCAGGCUGUGACGCCCAGGAUGGUGCGUGACGUCUGCUCCAAAUACAUCUAUGACAAGUGUCCCGCUGUGUCUGCUGUUGGUAAGUUACCACACAUCAGUAUUCCUUCCAAGCAGCCUUUGCACCUUAAUCCACUUGCCAGGAUAAAGAAAGCACAUAGUUUGAAAGUCCAGCUAGUGGCUACCUAGCUUGCUAAUGUUCUGAUUCCUCAAGCCUUCUCUCAUCUCGUCUUACUGUCUUUUUCACUCUGUUCCACAGGCCCCGUUGAGCAGCUGCCUGACUACAACAGAAUGCGCAGUGCCAUGUACUGGCUCCGCUUCUAAGAACCCGAUAGUGUUGCUCUCUGCGUGUCCGAUUUCUGCUCUUCCUUUCACUCUCCUCCACUCCCUUACUCCUCCCAUCACUGCAAGAGUGAAGAACUGAGGACUGCCUCAGCUCAUCAGCACAGACCUGUAUCUGCACCAUCAAAGGUCCUGCUCCUCCAUCUCUCUCUCGCACCCCCCUCUCCUCCUGCUACAUUAGUUCUAGUUGGUUAUGAGGGAAAGAACCACUGUGUUGAGGGUGUGAAUAAGUUCUGAGUGUUCUGUUUCCCUGUAAUUAUCAAUAAUUACCUCUCGAGAAAGAUUGUAUUACGGAAGAUUCUUGUUAAUAUCACUGAGCCUUUUCAUGCACCUGGUACUGUUCUGAGGAAGGGGAAGAGAGGGGGUCACCUGAACACAUUCAGUCAUACAUAUACAGUCAAAUCAGGGCACUGUACAACCAGUUAAUGUGGAGCAGAAGUAUUUAUGAAUUGAUGUAACAUUUUGUUUCUGUCCUAUUGUACAUAACAGAAGCUCUCAUAACGACAAAUUCAAAUAAAACAUUGUAAAAUACUUAGUUUUUGAGUCAUUGUCCCACACACAUAGAAUUAGAUUAGUAAGACUUAACAUGUUAUGAUCUAUCCUUGUUUUGUAGUUGACAAACAUGUUUAGCAUCUCUAAGCCUACAAGCCACUUUGGAACAUUACAUAAAAAAAAA